GAAAGGAAUAACGAGACUAACUGAAAACGUUUAACUAGAUGAUCCUUUUUAAAGCAAAUUGAAAGCAUUUUCAAGGACACUUACUCGACCGUUCGGUGAAGACUUCCUAAACCACACCGUAAUGGCCUUUCGCCGGAGAGUUCGACGAAACCUCAUCCUCCUGCUAAUAUUCACUUUUAUAUCUGUUGGUUUAUUUUUCGCUUUACUCCAAACAUCCCGAGACGUUGUCAAGAACAGAAACGUAUUUCAGUCUGGGAGUACGUUUAUUACGACAUCAAAUCUAACGACAAAUGAGGCUCCUUUGGAAAUCAAAACAAGCUCAGUUAACGAUUUGACAGAGAGGAUGUUGCAGCACAAGGUGAAAAGUCGUCAAGUCUUGUUGGUUGUUGCCCACGGAAGAUCUGGUUCUACAUUUCUAGCUGAUAUUUUUGACAAGCAUCCACGAGUCUUUUAUAUCUUCGAACCACUGCACGGGAUUAGGAAAAUGCAAGUCGGGGAUUACGAUACGUUUGCGACGAAUUAUCUUCAACAAAUUUUUCAAUGCAACUUCAGUAUGGGUAAUACAAGCAAAGAGAUAGGUCGUUUUUUUCGUUUCUACAGCCGAGCAUUGAGUUCACCCCCGUUUUGCAAAUACAAGCAAGGAGAUCCAAAAUGGAGCCGAAAGUACUGUUCGCCUGUUACUCAAAAAAAACUUGAACACACGUGUAAAGUGCAGCACAACACAGUCGUUUAUAAGCUUCUUUUGGAUAGAAUCCCUGGCCAAUCACUUGAGAGGCUUUUCCACGUGUGCGAAAUGGCAGAUGUUGAAUGCAAAAUUAUUUAUUUAAUACGUGAUAUGCGACCAGUUGUAAUGUCCUCUCAAAAAGUAGCCUUUUUUCGAGAGGUUGAUCGGAAAACAAGACCAUCCCUAAGACAGUUCGUUUAUUCUUGCUGCGAAAUGAUUGAGAGGAAUCUUUACCUGGUGAAAAAGUUUCCUCCAUCUCUUCGAAGUCGUGUGAGACUUGUGCGAUAUGAAGACUUAGCGGCCGAACCGCUGCAAGUUUUCGAUUCUUUGUAUCGAUUCGCAGAACUCGAAAUGCUAGAAAAUAUCAAACAAUGGAUCGUGAAAAUAACACAGCCGAGUUUUGCGGAUUUGAAAAAAGAGGAAAAACGCCCAGUUUCAAUGAUAAGGAACUCACUGGAAGUUCUGAACAAGUGGCGACUUUUGGCAGAUUCUUGUUUCGUGGAUGUGAUUGAGCGAUAUUGCCGUGAUGCGAUGAAAUUGAUGGGAUAUGUUGCAACAGAUGGUUCGGUGGAAAUGCUCCAAAAUUCAACGAUUCCACUAUUUAACGAGAAUUAUACAACGCAAAAUUGGAUAUAGCAAUUGCAGUCCGCCGGCUGAG